AUGAAGACUAGUACUCGAUUAAGAGCCUCUUCCUCUACUUCUUUCGCUCAUUCAUGGACAUACGAUGUCUUUAUAUGUUAUAGAGGCGCGGAUACACGCAAUGGUUUUACAGACCAUUUGCAUAGCAAUUUGCUUCAAAAGGGAAUCAAAACCUUCCUAGCUGAUGAGGUUAUGAGUAGAGGAGAGGAACUAACAUUGCCAAUGCUUUUCCAAGCUAUUGGAGAGUCCAGGAUUUCUAUCGUUGUUUUCUCUGAAAAUUUUGCUUCCUCGGAGUGGUGCUUGGAUGAACUCGGUGAGAUCAUGCAAUGUAAAGAAUCAAAGAAUCAAAUUGUUUGGCCAAUUUAUUACAAGGUGGAUCCUUUGGAUGUAAGAAACCAGCAAGGUAGUUUUGGUGAGGCACUUGUUAACCAUGAAUCCAAAUUCAAGGAUGACAUGGAGAAGGUGCUGAGGUGGAGAACAGCCCUUACAGAUGCAGCAAAUUUGCCUGGGUGGUAUUUCAGGGAGGGGCACGAGUCUAAAUUUAUUGAAAACAUUAUCGAAGAGAUUUCAGUACAAGUAUUAAAUCGUACCUAUUUGAAUGUGGCUAAGUAUCCUAUUGGAAUAGAGUCCCGUUCACGAGAUAUAUAUCAACUUUUAGGCGUUGGUGUAGAUGAUGUUCGCACGAUAGGUAUAUGUGGGAUUGCUGGAAUAGGCAAGUCAACAAUAGCCAAAGCAGUUUAUAAUUCAAUUGUCCAUAAGUUUGAAGUUGGCUAUUUUUUGGAGAAUAUUCAAGACAAUUCACCUACACAUGGAGGGCCAAUCCAACCACAAGAGAUUCUUCCAUAUGAGAUUUUAGGGGGAAAGCAGAUGGUGAUCACCAAUGUUGAUGAACGAAUCAGCAUGAUAAGGGAAAUGUUGAGACACAAAAGGGUUCUCUUGAUUCUUGAUGAUGUGAAUCAAAUGGACAAGUUAAGUAAAUUAAUUGGAGGCUCUGAAUGGUUGGGCUUGGGUAGUAGAAUUAUCAUGACAACAAGAGAUAAACAUCUACUAACUUCUCAUCAAGUUAACUUGAUAUACGAGGUUAAGGAAUUAGAUUUUGAUGAAGCAUUCGAGCUCUUUAGUUGGAAUGUUUUCCGAAGAAGUAAACCUCCGGAUGAUUUUGCCAAACUCACAAUUACAAUAGUAAACUAUGCUCAGGGGCUUCCAUUAGGUCUCAUAAUUUUAGGAUCACUUCUAUGUGGUAAAACUAUAGAUCAAUGGAACACAAUUUUCGAUGGUUAUAAAAGAGCACCUAACUUGAAGAUUCAAGAAAUUCUUAAAAUAAGUUAUAAUGCACUGGAAGACUCAGUCAAAGAAGUAUUUCUUGACAUUGCAUGUUUCUUAAAUGGUAAAGAUAAGAACUAUGUGAUAAAAAUGUUGGAUAGUUGCCACUUCGACCCGGAAUAUGGUAUUGAAGUACUCAGAGAAAAGUCUCUGAUAUAUAUUAAUGAAAAUCAUGUUCAGAUGAUUGACUUGUUAGAAGAAAUGGGCAAAGACAUAGUUCGUCAAGACUCUCUAUUAAAGCCUGUAAACCCUAGUAGAUUAUGGUUCUACAAGGAUGUUAACCAUGUUUUAACGGAAAACACUGAUACAAAUAGACUGAAUUCAUGGAAAGACAUCGUGAUCAAGAUGCCCAGACCAGAUGAUUUAUACUUGACUGCUAAAAGUUUCUCAAAGGCUACUUCAGCGGAUUGGGCCUUUUUACUCGUUGGUCUCUUCCUAGAGAUUUCUUCAGUAUUCGUUGACCAGGAAUCAUCUCCAAGUAAACCCUUGUAUGCUUUCUUUGGUAUGCUAUUAGCAAUUGCAGCUCUACUCACUUGCAUAUGUGAGCUCAUUCACAAGGGGAUGAGACCAUUGAACAAAAUGAUUAAGCAGAUUGCGAGAAAGCAAGAGAUGGUUCUUAAAGGAAAUGUUACUAAUGAAAGGAGUGAUAAGAGCUAA